CAGACCCAGAACCAGGAUGCUGCUGCUGCUGCAAAUCCUCCUUGGGACUUUUGUCCUUCUGGCAAAUUCGGUCUCAGAAACUGCAGCCCAGGCCCGGUUCUCCUAUUCCGGGGAGUACGGCUCGGCUGUGGGGACCUCGUUCUCUUACUCUGGAGACCACAUCUGGGGCCCCAUCACGGCCUUCCGGGUCUGGGAACACCCCGGCAGCUUCAUCAAAGCCCUCCAGUUCCAAUUUGCUGGCACGUGGAGCAAGACGUACGGCUAUGAGGAGGGCAAACAUGACGAGGUGACCCUGUUCCCGGGCGAGGAAAUCACGCAGAUCUCCGGGAAACACUCCACCUACGUCUUCCAGCUCAUCUUCUCCACCAACCACGGACGCACCUUCUUCUUCGGCCAGCCGGCCGGGGAGAGCUUCAACGCCGUCCCCCUGGAGCAGGGCAACGUCCUGGCCUUCGUCACCGGCCACCACAACGGGGUGGGCAUCACGGGCAUCGGGAUGCACUGGGACCACUCCAGCUCGCCGGCGUUAAAAGCCUAUGCCCAGGUCCCAGAGGCGGGGAAUCCCUCUGGCUAAUGGAGCCCAUCCAGGCCAGCAAAAUCCUGUGGCGGGGCGUUCCCCUCGUUAACACCUCGGCCUGUGCCCGCUCCGCAUGGCACCGUGGAGCCAGUCGCUGGCUGUGAUCAGUGGCUGAUUAACUAGAGCCAGAUUGCUUGAUUUACGGACGUGCUCAUUAAAACGAU